GAUGAUGUCAAACGUGAUGCUGAUGUUACAGUUACAGACACAGCCCCUGCUGGCGCAGCCUCUCUGAUUCUCUCUCCCUUUCCGCGUCCAGCACUGGGCUUUUUCAGACAAGUGCAUCUCCUAACCAGGUCACAUUUCAGCCGCGACCCACCCUCCGUCAAUCACCGGAGUCAGACCGCAGGAGGAGGGCUGAGCAGGACCGCAGCGCUCGCUCCAGCAGCGGGGCGGAGGAACCACAUCAAAUCCUGCUUUAGUAGAGACCCCCCUAGGUCCAACCCCAGACCACGAUGCGCACUCCGGGCUACGGGCGGCUGGUGAUGCCGCUGCUGCUCCUGGCCGUGGUCGCCCUGGCUGAAGGCGACGCCAAAGGGCUCAAGGAGGGCGAGACCCCCGGCAAUUUCAUGGAGGACGAGCAAUGGCUGUCGUCCAUCUCGCAGUACAGCGGCAAGAUCAAGCACUGGAACCGCUUCCGAGACGAGGUAGAAGAUGACUACAUCAAAAGCUGGGAGGACAAUCAGCAAGGAGAUGAAGGUAGCAUGCCCCUCCCAGCCCUGGACACCACCAAGGACCCAUGUCAGAAGGUGAAGUGCAGUCGUCACAAAGUGUGUAUUGCCCAGGGCUACCAGCGGGCCAUGUGUAUCAGCCGCAAGAAGUUAGAGCACAGGAUCAAGCAGCCUUCCCUGAAACUCCAUGGAAACAGAGACUCUGUCUGCAAGCCCUGUCACAUGGCCGAGCUUGCCUCAGUCUGUGGCUCUGAUGGCCACACCUACAGCUCAGUGUGUAAGCUGGAGCAGCAGGCAUGCUUGAGCAGCAAGCAGCUGGCAGUGAAAUGUGAAGGCCCCUGUCCCUGCCCUACGGAGCAGGCUACCACCUCCACCAUUGAUGGCAAGUCAGAGACCUGCACAGGUCAGGACCUGGCUGACUUGGGGGAUCGGCUGCGGGACUGGUUCCAGCUCCUUCAUGAGAACUCCAAGCAGAAUGGCUCAGCCAGCAGUGCAGCCAACCCUGCAGGUCUGGACAAGAGCCUAGGGGCCAGCUGCAAGGACUCUAUUGGCUGGAUGUUCUCCAAGCUGGACACCAGUGCUGACCUCUUCCUGGACCAGACGGAGCUGGCUGCCAUCAACCUAGACAAAUAUGAGGUCUGCAUCCGUCCCUUCUUCAACUCCUGCGACACCUACAAGGAUGGCCGUGUCUCCACUGCUGAGUGGUGCUUCUGCUUCUGGAGGGAGAAGCCCCCCUGCUUGGCAGAGCUGGAGCGCACACAGAUCCAGGAGGCGGCUAAGAAGAAGCCAGGUGUCUUCAUCCCAAGCUGUGAUGAGGAUGGCUACUACCGUAAGAUGCAGUGUGACCAGAGCAGUGGUGACUGCUGGUGUGUGGACCAACUGGGCCUGGAGCUGACUGGCACCCGCAUGCAUGGGAACCCUGAUUGUGAUGACAUCGUGGGUUUCUCAGGGGAUUUUGGGAGCGGUGUUGGCUGGGAGGAUGAAGAGGAGAAGGAGACAGAAGAGGCAGGCGAGGAGGCCGAGGAAGAGGAGGGCGAGGCAGGCGAGGCAGACGACGGAGGCUACAUCUGGUAGAUGGCCCUCACAGGCCGUGGCAGGCUGGGGUGCCAACGGCUGGGGAGAUGGGCCAGCAGAGACCUGGACAGCAGCAGGCAACUUAGCAAAUGGAUCCGGAAGUCGGUGUGAAGGGCCUUGGAUCCAGCAGGAGGACUAGAAGUGAGAGUGAAUGAAUGUGUGUACACACAUGUGCAUGUGUGCAAGUGUGUUGUGUAUGUGUGCAAUGUGUAUGUAUAUGUGUGCAUGUGUGUGAGUGUGACAGAUGUGUCCUUAAUCGAUGCUGCUCCUGGCAGUGAGUCACCCAAAGGCCCCUUCAGUCUCCUGUAGUUGUUCCCUUUCCAUUUGUUGUUGGUUUUUAAAUACACACACUCACAUAUAUACACACUGAAAGGCCAAAAUCAAUAAAAUGAGAUGUCCCCAUCCUGUCCCUCCAGCCGCUCUAGCCCCAACCCAAUCCCUGGUGCACCACCCCGCCCUAAUCAGCUUCACGCCCUCUUUACCCUUCCUGCCUUCCUUCCUCUCUCUUCUGAGACCAAGGGAAAGGGAGGGAAGGAAGCUAUCUAUUAGCUGGACAUCCUCCCAAAGCUAGACAGAUUUGGCAUGAAAGUCCCACCAUUUUCCAGUGAUGGGCCAGAGCACUGGCCGCAGCAGGCCUAUCCCUUUGUUGAUAAACUCAAGAUCUAGCUGUAAGUAUGUCCAAUCUGUGGUCUUUGAGCUACAUACAACCAAGGAUAAUUAUCAGUGCAGCCCAAUGCAAAACCGUAAACUUACUUAAAACAUGAAGCUGUUUUUAUAAUUCUGAGCAUUCCUUGAGUGUGAACUUUGUUGAUGACAGUGUCCCAUCACAAUGUCAAAAGGCUGGACACACCUAAUAGUCUCUCUUAAUCCAUGCCUGAGUAACCAGAGAUAGCCCAGGAGAACGGGCAGAGACAGUGAGGCAGGGUAGGAAGGUCCCUGAUUGCCAUACCCUGGGUUAAGCUAGCCACUCCUAUGGUCUCAUGGGUGUCUAGGCUGCUGUCUUACUGGGGGUGGAGGUCAUGGAGCCCUGCCUGCUCCCCGUGGUGUGAGGGGUUGCUGCUGCCUCCUCUGUCCCCUUGCUAGAGCCCCUGUUGUCCUAAGGAGCCUGAGGACCAGAAAGCAGGUAUGUGCCCACGUCUUCCCUGAUCCUCUAACCAAAUGUUCUCCUCCUGCCCAAACCAGUAGAAAGACUUGUCCUUGCAACACUGUGUGAAGAAGCAGCGGAAGCUGCCCCUGGCUCUCUGUAACAGUCAGCUUUUCCACUGUGCCUAGAGGAGAGGCACGUGGGCCAUCCCCAGUCUCACUCCUCUUUGCCACUGGGUUUUCUUCUGUCUCCAGGGUCCCAAAGGGCUGCCCCAACAGAGCUUCAUCCCCAAGUCCUAUUUAAAGCCCCACAGUAUGGGGUAGAGAACAAUACAUCAGAGGGGACCACACUGGGCAGCUAAGGCCCAAGGCCACACCUCACUGUGUCCCCAAAUCUCCAGGCUCAGUGGGAGGUCCUCUAACCCAGAUAGGUUUAGUUCCUGUGUUUGUUGUUUAUUCUCCCAGUUCUCCCUCUCAAUGGAAAUUCCUUAAUAUGUCAGAUGAAGAAUCUCUUACCUGGACUUGGGCCUUUGAUACCUUUUGGUGCAGUGUGUGUGUGUGUGUGUGUGUGUGUGUGUGUGUGUGUGUUAUAUCUGUGUAUUUUUGUCUGU